CGCUGAUCAAUUAGCAAAAACAAAAACAUGGCGGAAUCAGAAGAGACGAAAGCAGCUUCUUGUACGUUUCUGUUCAAAAAAUCUUCCAAAAAAUUUUCCGGACGGAAAAGAAAAGCAAGCGACAGUGAUAAAGACAGUGGCAGUGACAAAGAUCAGAGCGCUGUUGUCAGAAAAGGCAAAAAAGAUGCUCGGGUCAACCCUAUGAUUCAAAAGACAAAAAAGGUAGAGAGGGAUGUUGUGUCUUCUAGUGAAAGCGAAGAUGACAAAGAAGACAAGAUCACAGUUGCUUACAAGUCCACACGUUCAGCAAAACCAGAGGGACCCGAGGACAUGGGAGCAACUGCUACAUAUGAGCUGGAUACAGAGAGAGACAAGGACGCCCAGGCUAUUUUUGAGAGGAGCCAGAAAAUCCAAGAGGAGCUGACGGGUAAAGAAGAUGAUAAAAUCUACCGUGGCAUCAAUAACUACCAAAAGUUCAUUAAGCCUAAAGAUACCACUAUGGGCAACGCCUCCUCUGGCAUGGUCAGAAAAGGACCGAUCCGAGCACCUGAACACCUGAGAGCCACAGUCCGGUGGGACUAUCAGCCGGAUAUUUGCAAAGACUACAAGGAGACGGGUUUCUGUGGUUUUGGAGACAGCUGCAAGUUCCUUCACGACAGAUCCGACUAUAAACAUGGCUGGCAGAUCGAGAGGGAACUGGAUGAAGGGAGAUAUGGAGCAAACGAUGACGAGAACUACGAGGUGAGCAGCGACGAGGAGGAUAUGCCCUUCAAGUGCUUCAUUUGCCGGGAAUCUUUUAAAAACCCCAUCAUCACAAAGUGUAAGCAUUACUUCUGUGAGAGCUGUGCCCUUCAGCAUUACCGCAAGUCGAAGCGCUGCUACGUGUGCAACACUCAGACUAAUGGAGUGUUCAACCCUGCUAAAGAGCUGAUUGCCAAGAUGGAGAAACGCAACGCUUUAACAGACCAGCCGCCGUCAGACGAAGAAGAUUAGUCCUCGUCCGUUUGUGUGGAUGUCAGUUUGUAUUUAUAUAAAAUAGGGUUUACAGCCUCAGCUCUUUUGUAUGAUCAUGUUAAAACACUGAAGCUGUGCAAAGUUGAACGUAAAAGAUUUUAUUUGUAACAUGUUGCUCUGUCCUUACUUUCAAACGUACAUGCAGAC